AUGCUGGGGACUGAACCAGGUUUGGAGGCAGAGCCCUCUCGAUCUUUCCUUUCCUGGCGUCUCCGUUCUUUGUUCCUGAUUCUUUUCUUUUCAAAAUCAGACACUCCAGACUUUACAAGGGAGCACCAGUUGGCACGGUUUUCAGCAGACUCUUCCCAGGCAGAAUGGGGAAUGCCAUAUUGCUUGAGAGACUCCUUCAAUGUCUCUUUUACAAGUAAUCGAAAGAAAGAAAAAAUGACUUUACCGCGGCUGACAAUUCGGAUCCGAACUGAAAUGGAUCAAGAUAUGGACAUGGAUUGGAUGGUUCAACCGGAUCAAGUUACUUUUCGGCAAUCCCUGGAAGUCAUCAGUGAAGUUUUGCAUCACAAAUUUCCACUGACAGCUUUUGACUAUGUUGAUGAAGAUGGAGAGCGGAUAACAGUUCGAAGUGAUGAUGAAUUACAGACAAUGUUAACAAGUUAUUUUAACAGCCUGAAAGAAGAUGACUUAGUUAGAGGAUUACUGCCUCCUCUUAUUGUGUAUCCCAAAGUUUGCAAAACUCCACAGCAUAGAAAUAUCCAUGGCUUGACUAUCAACACCCGACAACUGUCAAAUUCAUUGAAUAGGUUUAUACCAAUGCAGAAAAAGAAAAGAUCAGCACAAACUGAGAAUAUCAAAGACAUCCUGGCAUGUGGCAACAUUGCUGCUGAAGAUCUGCAGACAAUUGAAGUCAUUGGCUCUGGAAACAGCGGCAAAGUGAACAGAUCGCUUCAUGGGCCAACUCAGAAAAUAAUGGCUGUAAAAGUUGUGCAGCUUGAUGUUAGCCAAGAGAUACAAUAUGGAAUCAUUUCAGAAUUGGAAAUUCUGUGCAAGUGUCAUUCACCAUCUAUUAUUGGAUUCUAUGGCGCUUUCUUUGUUGAGAAUCGUAUAUCAAUUUGUACUGAAUUUAUGGAUGGUGGAUCUUUAGAUAAAUAUUGCCAAAUUCCCCAGUCUGUGUUGGGAAAAAUUACAUGCCAAGUAGUUCAAGGAUUGCAGUAUUUAUGGAGUCUGAAAAUACUUCACAGAGAUGUGAAACCCUCAAAUAUUUUAGUCAACACAGAAGGUGAGGUGAAACUAUGUGAUUUUGGGGUCAGCAUCCAGUUAGUGGAAUCAAUAGCAACAACAUAUGUAGGAACUAAUGCUUACAUGGCCCCUGAGCGCCUUGAAGCCAAAGUCUAUGGAAUGCCAGCUGAUGUCUGGAGUUUAGGAGUUACUUUAUUUGAACUUGCAACUGGAAAUUUUCCUUUUACUUUGAUGCCUGGUCAGAAUCGUGUUGGUGAAUUGAUAAAAGCAAUUGUUGAAAAUCCACCACCCAGAUUAUCAGAAGAGCACUUUACAGUUGAAUUUGUUGACUAUGUCACAAGAUGUAUGCAAACCAAUCCUCAAGAUCGAUUACCAGCUGCUGAUUUAUUGGUUCAUACAUAUACACAGAUGCAUUGCACAGAAAGUUCACAAGUGGUGGCCAGCUGGGUACAGCAGCAGCUGCAAAAAGGAUGCAUUACAUAG